AUGCGCGCCCCACGUACACUCAGGGCGCUGCCGUCGCCGUCGACAUGUCUCCUGAGAACAUCACAUCAACGCCCCCAAUUUAGAUACCAGCAUCAAUUGAACAGGUUCGUGCAGAUGGAUCAUAAUGGGCAUAACGGGCGUCGCGGCCACCAGGCUGGGAAGCGACCGUUUUCGACAGGCAAGGGGGGAAGGAGGAAACAGGAGCAGGGCGAACCCUUCCACAGGAGGUUGGGGAGGGCAUUGAGGAAUACGAAAAUUAGAUGGUAUCCCAUACCUGCAGCACUGGGGAUUGGGUUCCUUGGUCUCGCCCAGCUGUACAAGGUUAAUGAGCGGCAGAAGAAGGCGAGGCGUGAGGAGGAGGAAGGCGAGAAACUAUACAGGAGGAAGAGGAUACGGCCUACUGGUCCUUGGCAAGUCCAAGUCAUGUCGACUCUCCCCCUUAAAGCGAUGUCACGCCUCUGGGGCCGCUUCAACGAGCUCGUCAUUCCCUACUAUCUCCGCGUACCCGGCUUUAAACUAUACUCCUGGAUCUUCGGCGUUAACCUCUCCGAAGUUUCCGAACCCGACCUACACGCCUAUCCCAACCUCGCGGCCUUCUUCUCACGCACCCUCCGCCCCGGCGUACGGCCCCUAGACCCCAACCCCUUCGCCCUUCUCUCACCCGCCGAUGGCCGCGUCCUCUCUUUCGGUCUUAUCGAUGGCGGUGAAGUGGAGCAAGUGAAGGGCAUGACCUACUCCCUUGACGCCCUCCUCGGGACCUCGCACCCAUCCUCAGCCCCCAACCUAUCCUCGCCCUCCCACCUCUUCGCCCGCGAGACCCCUGCGCACCCCCAUCACCACGUCGAAUCCGAGGCCCUCGUCAAGCGUGACGAGGAAUUCGCUAUCCUAAACGGCAUCCGCUACACCCUCCCCGGCCUCCUCUCUGGCUCCCCAUCAAGCCCGCACCCCCCACCAACCGACGCAUCGACACCCUCCCUCGCCCCCUCCGAAGAAGAAGUCUCCGACUCCCUCGCUGUCCCGUGGUACAACCCCCCUCGCCGCACCGCUCUCUACUACUGCGUCAUCUACCUCGCGCCGGGAGAUUAUCACAGAUUCCACUCCCCCACCGCAUGGGUAGCUGAGAAGCGCCGCCAUUUCGCGGGAGAGCUCUACUCCGUCUCGCCAUAUCUCCAGCGCACGCUCCCGGGGUUGUUCACACUCAAUGAGCGCGUCGCCCUUCUUGGUCGCUGGCGCCAUGGAUUCUUCAGCAUGACACCCGUUGGCGCCACGAACGUCGGUAGUAUCGUCAUCAACUUCGACGCCGAACUCCGCACUAACUCCCUGCUAUCGGAUAAAGCGGCGGACAAAUCGCCUAAUGGAUAUGCGGAGGCUACGUACGGGGCUUCCAGUCGCGUACUACAUGGGCGCGCGUUAGGGAGGGGAGAGGAGAUGGGUGGGUUUAGGUUGGGGAGUACGGUUGUACUAGUUUUUGAGGCGCCAGAGGGCGAGAUGGGGGAGAAAGAUGGGUGGGAUGGAGAGGGGCAGUGGAGAAAGGGAGGUUGGAAUUGGGGAGUCAGGAAUGGCCAGAGAGUUAAGGUUGGGGAGGCCCUGGGGUGGGUGGACGAGAAGGUAUAG